CCCUCCCUCCUUCCCUCCCUCCGCACCCCGUCCCUCCGCGCUGCCGCUGGAGUUAGCUAGGAACCGGAGGAAGGUCUAUCUGUCGUGACAGCCCGUUCUCCUGAACUUUCCCGAGCCUUGCUUGUGUCUGAGAGACCGGGAGAGUGUUUCAUCGGUGUUUUCGAUGCAUGGGAGUGCCCUGGGAGCGGCGAAGGGAGAAGACAGCGCUGGUGGUCCUGACUGUUCAGCAGGAUGAGUGAGGCGGAGGGCCAGUUCUACAGCGUUCAGGUGGGAGACUCCACCUUCACUGUACUCAAGCGCUACCAGCAGCUCCGCGCCAUUGGCUCCGGGGCCCAGGGCAUCGUCUGCUCUGCUCUAGAUACAGACCUUGGUAUACCUGUGGCAGUGAAAAAGCUCUGUCGGCCCUUCCAGAACCAGACCCAUGCUAAGCGUGCCUACAGGGAGCUGGUGCUGCUUAAAUGCGUCAAUCACAAAAAUAUCAUCCGUCUGAUCAAUGUGUUCACGCCUCAGAAGUCCCUGGAGGAAUUCCAGGACCUGUAUCUGGUGAUGGAGCUGAUGGAUGCCAGCCUAUGCCAGGUGAUCCACAUGGACCUGGACCAUGAGAGGAUGUCGUAUCUGCUCUACCAGAUCCUCUGUGGCAUCAGGCACCUGCACUCUGCUGGCAUCAUCCACAGGGACCUGAAGCCCAGUAACAUUGUGGUGAAGUCAGACUGCACUCUAAAGAUCUUGGAUUUUGGCCUGGCUCGGACGGCCUGCACCAACUUCAUGAUGACCCCCUACGUGGUGACCAGAUACUAUCGCGCCCCAGAGGUCAUACUGGGCAUGAAGUAUAAGGAGAAUGUGGACAUCUGGUCAGUGGGGUGCAUCAUGGGAGAGAUGGUGAAGGGCAGCGUCAUCUUCCAGGGUACCGACCACAUCGACCAGUGGAAUAAGGUGAUUGAGGUUCUGGGCACGCCCAGUCUGGAGUUCAUGAACCGACUGAUGGAGACCGUGAGGAACUAUGUGAUGAACAAGCCGCAGUAUCCUGGUGUCAGCUUUGCCGAGCUUUUCCCAGACUGGGCCUUUCCCUCUGACUCAGAACAUGACAAACUAAAGACGGGUCAAGCAAGGGACCUGCUGUCCAAAAUGCUGGUCAUUGAUCCCGAAUGCCGCAUCUCCGUAGAAGAAGCCCUCAAUCACCCGUACAUUCACGUGUGGUACGACCCAGGAGAGGCCGACGCGCCUCCUCCCCAGAUUUCAGAUAAGCAGCUGGAGGAGAGGGAGCACACCAUCGAGCAGUGGAAAGAACUCAUUUAUGAAGAGGUGAUGGAUUGGGAAGAGAGGAACAAGAAUGGACUGAUGAAAGAAGACUGCUCAGAUGUGGUGUCAGGUUCGGCCUCACAGUCCUCAUCAGCCAAUGACAUCUCGUCCAUGUCCACGGAGCACACCUUAGCCUCGGACACAGACAGCAGCAGCAUCGACACACUGACGGGACCGCUGGACGAGAGUCAGUGAACACAGUCCGUGGCCACGUCCGUCUGCCUGCCUCAGUCCUCCCCUCCCAUUUACAGUAUCCAAAUAUCAAUCACCCAUCACCUUCCCUUUUCUCUUUACUCCAUCUGACCCCCGUUUUCUUGUUUGUUUGUUUUUUCCCCCCUUUUUUGUCCUGUGUUUUUCUUCUUUCCUCUUUAACGUCAACGAAUAGGUCUAUUUUUCUAAUUUUUCCAUGUGUGAUGUUGCGGAUCUUGUCGAACGUCUUCAACAUCAAACUUUGUUUUGGACUGCUGCCUGGAGGUCAGAGCUGUCGAUUCUGUCGGUAGGGUCAAACGUUUAUCUUUCUCUUCUUUGUGGAUGUUGUUUACCUUCAUCAAGUACAUAUGAUGUAUGCAUCCAUGUUGAUUUUCAGGUUACCAGGAGUAGGUGGGGAUUGUUGUUUGUUCCAUAUGCCUGUAUUUUAAUAGUUUUAUUUUUUUAGCGAAUAUUACGUUGAGUCCAGAGGUUAUCAAAUCAAAGCAGACGCGCACUGAACAUAGACCACAGCUGCCAGCUGCUCUCAUGCAUGUUACGCCGAUAAGAGCAAAAGCUUACCGUGAGUCGAUGGCGCCAACCACUUGAUGUCCAUCUGACGAUCAAACGCAGAUCUCCACAGUGGUGCUUUCUGCACUGUUUUUGUUUUUUUAAUUAUUUGCCUCGAGUGAUGUGGAUUUUGAGCUUUUCCUCCUGACAGCUGGGGGAAGCUGUGGUUGCAGUGUUACACUUUUAUUUCCUGAUAUAAUGUACUGUAUGUAAAGAUGAUCUGACGCUCAUAGUGGCCGUAGACCAUUUCAUUACUAAAAGAUACGGUGUGCGCAUUUUGUUAAAAAUUUCAACAUACCUGUAGAGCUAUAUAUUGCACCCCCAUUGGACAAAAGGUACCGACUAACAAUGUGUAUAUCAAAAGAACAUCGUAAUCCUGUAAAUUUUGGAGAGGCAAAAAGAUACAUGUAUUUAUUUUUGUGUUCUUGCAAAAUGUUGCACACAAUCACGUCGAGGCCAGUGUAAAAUAAGCCUCUUGUCAGCGCAUUUCAUUGACAAACCAGUGCAUUGGCUGAUCCUUUUCUAAACCAUUCCACUAGUACUGGAACAGUCACACAAUUCAUCAUGAAUAAGACAUCAUGUAGAACACAUGUUAAGGCAGUAAAACCCAAAUAAUGGUGUUUAACUUGCAUGAAGGCAUUAAAGAUGCCAAUAAGAUACCGCAGUUCUUCUUAUCAAGAGAAAUCCGUUCAGGUCCGUUUCUUUUACCUACAGUACCUUGAUGUUCUUGGUUCUGAAAGCCUGUUUGAUGCAGAUGUUGUAUUUUUUUUUUUUUUUUUUUUU